GAAACCGAUCGGCUGGACGUCAAAGGAGCAUCCAGAGCAGAGCUUAGAGUCUUCAACGACAUCCUUUUAAGAGUAACUCGCGGCCGCCAUGUCAGUCUACACGGCACAGCGAGGGCACAGCAGCGGCCUCCCCGGCGCUCCUGCUUCCCAGAGGAGCUCAUCACCAGACGGCCUCGGCCUGGGGAGCAGCCGGAAGCAGCUGUCCAGCUCGGACGUGUCCGAGCGUGAAAACGACGACCCGUUCCUGAGGUCCGCAAGGAAACUCAGAGACAUAAACAGCACCUACGUGAUCUCCGCCUGUAAGGCCCCUGGAGAUACGCCCCUGACCCCUAACCCUGCGGGUAGACUGACCCUUCAGAGGAGAGUUACAAGAAACAAAGAAUCAUCGUUGCUUGGGAGUGAGGUGGGAGAGUCAUCUGAAAGAAAGACAGAAACUCGUCUUAAGUUACAACGUUGCGUCCGAGCAGAUUCCGUGGACAGGCGGACAACAGCUAGAGCAGAUUCAACGACACAGAGCGUGGGAGGGGCUGCAGCAAGUGAUGGUGCUUCACGGGACACCAGUAGGAAGGUAAGGAUUGUCAGUAACGAGAAAAACUCCCCUGUUGCAUCGUCUGCACCCUCAGCUGAAGAUAGUGACACUGGACUGGUGGCCGAUGAAAAAGACAGAGGAACAUUUUCUGCCCUCAGGGGAGCAAACGACAGCGUGACACGUGAGUACUUCAGUCAUAGCACGCCCAUCCGUCCCCAGAAAGAGGCUGAGGAGGCUCGACCAGGACGCUUGGCCACGAAACCCUUUCAGAGCCCGUUGGACGUCAGAGCGUCGGGAACAGGAAGCUGGCACCACAGAAAUCUUGGGGAGGAUGUUGCGAAAAACAGAACUGAGUUUGAAAGCUUAGGGAAAGGGACGCCUGCGAAACGCACUGCAGGGCACACGUGGACCCCACGGCGCGGCACGCCUCAGCCUCAGAGCGCGGCGAUGUCCACCCUGAGACCCAGGACGCCCAGCUCCCAAGGUCAACAGAAGCCCAAACGCUCUCUUUUCGCAAAUAAAAGGGAAGGGUCAUGCGAGCAUACGCUUCCUCCCACGGAGGAGGCUGCGGCUCAGAGGGCCUCCACAGAGAGGGACCCCUUAAAAGCGGAGAACAGUCAGGUGACGGUGGCGGUCCGCGUGAGGCCCUUCAGCAAGAGAGAGAAGGACGAGGACGCGGCCCAGGUGGUCUUCCUGGACGGGGAGGAGAUCGCUGUGCGGCACCCGGACCUGAGACAGGCGUACAGCUUCCUCUACGACGUCUCCUUCUGGUCCUUCGAGGAGUGCCACCCGCGCUACGCCAGCCAGGCCGCCGUGUACCAGACGCUGGCGGCCCCGCUCCUGGCCCGCGCCUUGGAGGGCUACAACGCCUGCCUCUUCGCUUACGGGCAGACGGGCUCCGGGAAGUCGUACACGAUGAUGGGAUUUGGUGAAGAACCAGGAAUCAUCCCAAGAUUCUGCGAAGACCUAUUUGCUCAAGUGGCCAAACACCAAACCCAGGAGGUCAGGUAUCACCUGGAAGUGAGCUUCUUUGAAGUUUAUAACGAAAAAAUCCACGACCUGCUGGUGGGCAGAGGCGACGGCAGGCAGGGGAAGCAGGCGCUGAGGGUCCGAGAGCACCCCGUCUCCGGGCCGUAUGUCGAAGCUCUGGCCCCCGGCCUCUCCUCUCCCCCGCAGGGCUGGCUGCAGCUGGGGAGCAAGCAGCGGGCCACGGCAGCCACCGGCAUGAACGACAAGAGCUCCCGCUCGCACUCGGUGCUCACGCUGCUGCUGACCCGCACCCAGACGGAGCUGGUGGACGGGGAGGAGCACGACCACACGGUGACCAGCCGCAUCAGCCUGGUGGACCUGGAGGGCGUGAGCAUCAACAAGUCCCUGCUGACCCUGGGCAAGGUCAUCUCGGCGCUGGCGGAGCACGGGGGCCGCCGCAGAGCGUUCAUUCCCUACCGGGAGUCGGUCCUGACCUGUCGGGCGUCUUCUUAUCGAUAUUUAGAGUUGAAAGCAGAAAUUGAGAAGCUGAAAGCUGCUCAAAGAAGCCGUCAGAACAUCGACCCUGAGCGGUACCGGCUCUGUCGGCAGGAAAUCACAUCCUUGCGAAUGAAGCUGCACGAGCAGGAGCGAGCGAUGGUGGAGAUGCAAAGAGCGUGGAAAGAAAAAUUUGAACAGGCCGAACAAAGAAAACAUCACGAAAUCAAGGAGUUACAGAAAGCAGGAAUCACCUUCCAAGUGGACAACCGCCUGCCGAACCUGGUCAACCUGAGCGAGGACCCGCAGCUGUCGGAGACGCUGCUGUACGUGAUCCAGGAGGGCACCACCGCGGUCGGGAAGCGCGGCCCCACCUCCCGCCCCGACAUCCAGCUGUCCGGGGCGCUGGUGGCCGACGAGCACUGCACCAUCAGCCACGUCGACGGGACCGUGAGCAUCGCCCCCGUCGGGGAGGCCAGGACCUACGUGAACGGGACGCACGUGUUGGGGCCCACGGUGUUGCACCACUUCGCCAAGAACGAGUGGCUGGCGGCCCAGCGAUCGCAGCUGGAGGCGGAGAUCCAGGAGGCGCAGCUGAGGGCGAAGCAGGAGAUGCUGCAGGGCAUCCAGGUGGCCAAGGAGGUGGCGGAGCAGGAGCUGUCCUCGCAGAGAGCCGCCUUCGAGGGCAGGAUCGAGGCCCUGCAGGCCGAGCUGAAAGAAGAGUCUCAGCGGAAGAGGCUGCAGGAGAUGAGUAACCAGAAGGCACAUCUCCGCAUCGAGGAGCUGGAGAGGGCGAAGCAGCGGCUGGAGCAGGAGGUGCAGGCCAACCGGAGGCGCCUGCAGCUGGAGAGGCUGGCGGCCCAGCAGGCUCUGGAAGACCACAGCGUCCGCCACACGAGGAUCCUGGAGGCCCUGGAAGCCGAGAAGCAAAAAAUCGCUCAGGAGGUGCAGGCGCUGCAGCAGAACCAGGGCAGCAGGGAUAGGGCUCCCCCAGUCCCGACGAGCUGGGGCUCCCUGAAGCUCUCCCUCAUGAUCCAGGAGGCCAAUGCCCUCAGCGGCCGCUCCCAGAGGCAGUACGUGUUUGGCAGACACGAGGCGCCCGACAGAGGGGGUGGCCCUGGCCCCCGGGUCCGGGUGCGGAACCUGCGGCUCGGCGUGUCCACCCUCUGGAGCCUGGAGAAGUUUGAGUCCAAGCUGGCGGCCCUGAAGGAGCUCGAAGAGAGUAACUGCCAGUGCGAGGACCUCUUCUGUGACCCCGAGGACGAGUGGGAGCCCGACCUCACGGACGCGCCCGCCGCCUCGUUCUCCAGGAGGAGGAGCAGGAGUUUGGUGAAGAACCGCAGGGUCUCCGGCUACUUGCACGACAUCCAGGCCCACGCGGCUCCGAGCCUGCCCUCCUCCCGCUCCUCAGGUGUGUGGUUGUCAGCGUCCUCGUCCUGCACGGAGGCGCUGCUGUUUCGGGGCACAGAGCGUGUUCCCCUCCCCGUCUGGUCUGUCCUUUCUUCGCCUCCCGCUCCUGCACCUCGUGCAUCUGACAAACGGGUCCCUGUCACCGGGCAGGGCUGCUCCUCAGACAUCCCGUCGAUGGUGACGGACGCGCAGAGAAGAGCCACCCAGGCCGUCCGACAGGCUGUGGCGUGUGCGGGGCAGCUGGCGGAGGAUCUCCUGGACGCCCUGUGGGACGGAGUCGGCGCGGGGGUGAGGCUUCUCAUCGACUCCGGACUCGAGCGGGCGGAAGAGCUGCGGCGCGAGCUCACAGGGCAGCACCCCCAGAGCGAGGUGGCCCAGCAGCUGCGCGCAAAGGCCGAGGCGCUGAUCGGGUGCCUGGAAACCAUCUUUGCCGAGUGGAGAACCACAAGCCCCCGCACGAGAGCGCAGGGAGAACCUCCCGGAGGCGGAGCCCUGAGGGAGACCGCUGAUCGCGCCCCGGAAAUACUGAAUUUAACGCGCUGCUUGGAGCAAACCAUUGAAGCUGUUGUUUCUGCCCUGAGAGGACGCCGCGGCGAUGGGGGCGCCCUCAGGACCUGCGUGGAGAGGGUCUGCUUCAACUUUUGUGGCAUCAAAAAUAGCCAGUACUGCGCGGCCGGCGUGGCUCAGUGGUGA